AUGUCUUUUGAAACGCUUCGUGCUUACGAACAAACAAAUGCCGUUUGUAAGCCAUUUUUGGACAAGCCUUCUACGGGGUUUGCACUUGAUGCACAUAUAAAAUUUCUGGAGAGCUCUUUAAAACCCUUUCCGGCUCCGUAUACUGUUCUUGAUGCAUCCAAAACAUGGAUCAUUUAUUGGGAACUUGUGUCUUUGGCAUUAUUAGGGCGUCUAACAGAUGAUGUCAAAGAACAAGCAGUGCAUACGUUAGCGACUUUUCGUGGUCCUAAUGGUGGUUUCACUAAUGGUCUUGGACAUAAAGAGCAUAUUUUGACUACUUACGCAGCGGUUCUUUCAAUAUGUUUGUGUAACAAUUCUGAGGCUUACGAUUUAAUCGACAAGAAACGGUUGUUAGACUGGCUUAUGUCGCUGCGGAAUGCCGACGGUUCUUUUCGUGUUCACGAUGAAGGUGAAUGUGAUUCCCGUGCCUCUUACGCCGCAGUGUGCAUUGCCUAUUUAGUUGACGGUGUCAACUAUCCUCAUUUAUUUGAUGGAACCCUGGAUUGGCUGCUGCAGUGUCAGACGUACGAGGGAGGCUUUGCAGGAAACCCAGGUACAGAGGCACACGGAGGUUACACGUUUUGCUCGUUGGCUGCAAUUUCGGUGCUUAAUGGAUCAUCUCGGGUUCGGCGUAUCCCUCUUGCCCGCUGGCUUACCCAAAGACAAGACGCCAUCCUGGGUGGUCUUUCGGGUCGUACGAACAAGCUCGUUGACGGCUGCUAUAGUUGGUGGGUUGGUGCAUCCGUCAAUCUGUUUGCAUUGGAAGCAAAUAGUGACUCGGACACACGUCCUCUGAUCAAAAGUGAGAAAUUGCAGGAGUACAUAUACCAAUGUUGUCAGCCUGCUACCGGUGGACUUAGAGAUAAGCCUCCCAAGCCCGCCGAUUUGUAUCACACUUGUUACUGUCUCCUUGGCUUAUCGAGUAUUGCUCACAAUUACCGUCUAGUCGAUAAUCGUGUUCAUGCACAAAACAGUAGCUCCCCUCGCUAUGAUGAUUAUCCUUCUCUGCAACCCGCUCAUCCUGUAUGCUGCGUCCCCGUUAAUGAUGCAGAGUCUAUGAUUACCCAUUUUUCUUCACUUCAGUGUUGA